GCGGCCGCCGGCUAGUUCCGGACAACGCCUGGUUGUGUGGUAACGACGGUGGCGGCGGCGGCAACGGCGGCGGCAGGUGGAGGCUUCCUUUCUGGCGGGGACUUCCGGCAGUAGCGACGGCGGAGCCCGCUCGGGAGCCUUAAGAGGCUUCGAGGGGGCGGGUGGGGCAGGGAAGGAAGGGUGAUAUAUUUCUUACGUGCUCUAAUAAUCUGACAUAACAAGAAGAAAGAAGAAACUUUACAUUGAAUGACGUGUCCAUUGCUUCAGUAGUCUUUUUCUUCAAGAGUGGAUCUUUGAAUGAGGAUGACAAUGGAAGAGAUGAAGAAUGAAGCAGAGACCACUUCUAUGGUUUCCAUGCCUCUUUAUGCUGUUAUGUAUCCUGUAUUUAAUGAGCUAGAACGAGUAAAUCUGUCUGCAGCUCAGACAUUGAGAGCAGCUUUUAUUAAGGCUGAAAAGGAAAAUCCAGGUCUCACACAAGACAUCAUCAUAAAAAUUUUGGAGAAAAAGAGUGUUGAAGUUAAUUUUACUGAAUCUCUACUCCGCAUGGCAGCUGAUGAUGUAGAAGAGUAUAUGAUUGACAGGCAAGAGCCAGAAUUCCAGGAUUUAAAUGAAAAGGCAAGAGCACUUAAACAGAUUCUCAGCAAGAUUCCAGAUGAAAUAAAUGACAGAGUGAGGUUUCUUCAGACAAUCAAGGACAUUGCCAGUGCAAUAAAAGAACUUCUCGACACAGUAAAUAAUGUCUUCAAAAAAUAUCAAUACCAGAAUCGGAGGGCACUGGAGCACCAAAAGAAAGAAUUUGUAAAAUAUUCCAAAAGUUUCAGUGACACUUUGAAAACCUAUUUUAAAGAUGGAAAGGCAAUAAACGUGUUCGUAAGUGCCAACCGACUAAUUCAUCAAACCAACUUGAUACUGCAGACCUUCAAAACUGUGGCCUGAAAGAAAUAAUAAACUGUAUAUGUUGAGAGCUGUACUUUUCAAUGGUGGAUAGGAUACCUUUAUAUGUAAACUUUAAAGUUUUGACUGUAUAAAUUAUCAGUCCCAGCUGAAGGGACCUAAUGCAGGAUUUUGAAUGGGAUUUAUUGCCAUCUUACACCAUAUUUUUGUAAAAACAUUGUAGCUUAAUCAUAAUCUCACAAUGAAGAUUUUGCAUCACUUUUUUGCUAUUAUCAUUCUUUUCAGAAUUAUAAGCCAAAAGAAUUUACGCCUUAAUGUGUCAUUAUGUAACAUUCCUUAUAAGAAUUGUAAAUAUUUGGUGUUCUGUUUCUGACAUUUUAACUUGAAAGCAGAAAACUGCAAGAUUAUGUAUUUAACAAUAUUGGUGGCAAAUAUUCAAUAAAUAGUUUACAUCUGUUA